AUGAGGAAGGUGAUGUACCCCUCUGGUGCGUAUAGAUGCCCGGAUUGCGGAUAUCAGGCUCAAAACAGGAAGUUGCUAGCGACUCACGUAGCCAAAGAACACACUGAGAACGCGCUCAAGUGUGACCUCUGCAACUUCAUCACAAAAUAUCAAGCCAACUACUGGCGGCAUCGAAAAACUCUCCACGGCGUGAACAGCAUCAAUCUUUGCGAUCCGUGCAAGAGCCGUUUUCCCACCAAGGACGACCUCGUCGAGCACACCCGCCAGGAACACCCUGAACUCCUCGAUGAGGUUUUGGAGAAAGUCUCGAGACCGGUUCAAAAUGAAAGGUUUGACGAGGCUGUGGCAGGAUCUCCGCAGGACGAAGACGAGGUCGAAGAGGAACAAGCCCCGACUUCGUCGAGAGACACCCGCAAACGAAGAGUGAACUACAAUCAGGACGAGCCCUCCAUCGAGGCGUUGCUCGAGCAGGGUUUCUGUGAGGGAACGAAGGAACUCGACGCGGCCGAAACGAACGGACACAUCAGCCUGAAGCAACAGCGGCGACUCCAGAUACAGAGGUCACAUCUCUGCAGAGAUUGCGAUUUCGUGACCAAAGAAUCCCGCCAGUACCUAAUCCACCGGAAAGAAGCUCACGGAGAUCGUUUGACCAUUUACGACUGCCCUUGGUGUGGGUACGCGUCGAAGCAACUUCAGAAGCUCCAACGGCACGCAGGCAGCUGCCACACGGACCAGGGUCUCAACGCCGAAGAGCUCCGUACCGUUCUCAAGAAAGUCGCUCAACAGUCUCACGAGGCCGCUCAGCUCGAGCGUGAGACCAACAUCAUCCGUCAGUACCUCCAGAAACAUGGGAGCCCGAGCCUGAAGUUGGACCAGAAAGCUCUGGUGAAGACUGUCCGACUGCCGAUAUCUGUCUCUGACGCUGAGUCCUCACGUCCCUCGACCCCUGCCCUCGACAAAACGAAAUCCUCGCCCGCGACCGCCGCAUCUUCGAAAACUACCCCCUGCGCAUCGUCGUCCCCCUCGAAAACCCUCAACCAGUGGUUCACCUGCAAGAAGUGUGCCUUCAAGGCACGCAGCAAGAAGGUCGUCGAAGACCACGAGCGGACCUCGCACACGAUCGAGAGCGUCUCGAAAAGCGGCUUGCGCUUCAAAUGCGACAUCUGCGGCUUUAGCUGCGGGGACGUGCAGAAGUACCGUCAGCACGUGAAGUCGCACGCCAGCCGCGGCGGUAAGGACGAGGAGAUUGUCCGAGACGACGAAGGCGACGACGACGACGACGUAUCGAAGGAGGAACCUGGUCGUACGAAAACCUGUAACAAAUGUGACUUCACUACAACCUACCGCUGGAGCUUCGACCGCCACGUCCGCCACCACAAUCCGCUGAACGGUCCUCUCCAAUGUCCGCGUUGCGACUACAGCACUAAUCAACUGGGAUCGCUGAGGUUCCAUCUGGGCAACCAUCACAGCGGGUGUACGGCCGAAGAUUGCGAAAAAACGCUUGAAAAAAUGGCGGCGGCCAGCGUUAGUGGUGGCGGCGGCAGCAGCGGUAGCAAAGGGAUGAUGCAGUGCGCGGAAAUCGAAGAUUCAAUGCCCGGCGAGAUGGAGGGCUCAAGCAUCGGCAUAGACGAGAGCAGUCAGGACGAGGAUGCGGUCACAUGCGAUCUGUGCGGAGCGUGCUUCCUCAACCAGGCCGACUUGCUCGAGCACAGCAAGCGGGAACACAUCACGGAAAUCGAAGCUGAACAGGCGCAAAUGUUCCGGAGCGCCUCGCGGAUGUCCGCGGAAACGUCGGCUUCCGAGGAAACAUUGCAGAGACUUCAGAAUAGGUUCGGAUUGAGCAUCACGCCGGUGGCGGUUGGCGGGUCAGCCUCAACGACUGAAACCAAGGAGCCCGUCGUGAUCGAAUUGGGCGACGGCAAAUCCCUCAAACAUCUCAUUGAGGGGGGAAAUACAAAUGGCUCAACAUGCUCAAAACCUCCGUCGAGAUCGGGGACCAUUUUCAAAUGUCGGUAUUGCCCUUUCUCAACCAGAACCAAAACAGAAUACCAGAAGCAUGAAGCGAUCCACAAGCCAUUUGUAUGUACUCUCUGUCCCUUCAAGACUGUCUGGAAAAAUGAUCUCAGUAAGCACAUGUCUAAGAGUCACGGAGAGCAGUACGAGGAAGAUUCCCCCGCACCUCCAGCUCCUCCCGCCGUGUCCGAAGACAGUGGGAGUCAACAGACGGCUUCAUCGACGGGUGGUGUACUUAGAAAUCUUUUAAGCACACCCGACGUCAAUCAGAAAGAUUCCCUACUGUUCAAGACACUCCAAGGCGGAGACUCUCAGGCAUCUCCUGAGAAUGAUUCACCAAGACAGACCUUCAAUCAAGAUGAGAUCCAAAAUCAGGCGCUGAAGCUACCAGCGAACGCCCAUUACUUCUGUCCAUACUGCGACUUUAUGACGAAAACGGCUUCCCGCUUCCACAUUCACUACAUGCAGCAUCUGAAUGUACGACCGUUCGAGUGUUCGGUCUGCAGAAUCAAGAGCAACUGGCUAUGGGAUAUCAAUAAACACAUCCGGACUCGGGUCAGUCAGGGAGAUACGACGCACCGGGGAGCAAAAUGCGUUUGCAUAAACGAAGCAGGUUUAAGAGACUACAACAAGUAUAGAUGCUUCAUCAAAGAGGGUCCGACUAACGGCGAACACAUCGAGACAUCCGACGAUCAUGGAGAGGCGGGUGUAAUGGCAUCUCAAGGCCAGGUACACCCUUCAUAUUCGUCGGCUGAGGUCCAGAUGCAGGCCCUCGCAGCUGUCCAAGCUCGACAGCAGCAGGGAGGGCCUUCUGUUCCCGUUCAGCAGCAGCAGCAGAGUCAGUCGCAGGAAGAUUCGCAAAACUACAUGAUACAGCAGCUGCAGAAGAAAGAAAGAGCUUCCGCGGGCGCUCUAAAAUGCGGCCAUUGCGACUACACCUGCGACCACAAAGACAUCAUGCUGGGUCAUCUCGGUGCACACGCAGACGUACUUCCGUUCAUCUGCAGCAAAUGCGGCCUAGCCAACAAAUGGCAUCACACUGCCUGGAUCCAUCUGCAACAAUUCCAUCGCGAAGAUCAGGUCACGCUGAAAGACAUCCACCUGCAAUUAGACUACACGCAUAAAGGCGACGUGUUCGAGAUGGAUCCAAACGCGAUUGUGAACCCGCAACUGACCGUAGCUCCGAACAACGAAGUCAGCCUUAUCAGGCAGCUGAGAUGCAGUCGUUGCCCUUACCAUACUGUUCAGAAGUCCAAUAUGCAGCGACAUCGCGAGGGGCAUCAGCGAGCGCGUCCUGACCUCAUGCGCUACAAAUGUCCUUAUUGCGAUUUCUGGCAGGAGACAAGACGCGCUAUCCAGCGGCAUAUGGCGCUUCAUCCCGAGCACAUAAAGCGAGGGACUCAGGGAGUUCUUGAUACCGACAAGGCCAAGGAGCUCCUGCUUAUCAACAACAACAACAACAAUAAUUCGCCCCCUGCAGAAGUCGUUUCCCCCGACGGAACCGGUCAAUCGGAAGAUGUGCCUCGCUUCAAAUGCGACGCGUGUCCAUACGUGACCACAGCAAACGCGCAAUUCAUCUACCACAAACAAUUCCACAGAUACAACCCAAAAGCCAAGUUCAAGUGUGACAAAUGCAGCUACUGGGCCACUCACGCCCAUUUGAUUACUCAACACGCGAGGGUUCACAACGAAGGAACUCUUGACCAGAAGUUCCCCGAAGGGUCCUGGUUGCCACCAGCAGAAAUUGCGGUAACCACAGAGGCGAGCGAAUCGGAUCGGAUUCGAACGUUCCGUGUGAUGAAGAACGGCGUGCUCAUCAAAAUGCACAAAUGCCGUUACUGUCCUCUGAUGAACCGACGCAAGGCCAAUGUGCGCUACCAUGAGUUACUGCAUAGCGAAAUGGCGUCCGGGAAGUAUACCUGCCACCUAUGCAGUUACAGGACCCAAUCUCAGGGUGUUCUCGGCAAUCACAUGAAGAUUCACGUUCCCGAAAAACGGAGAGGGGACUCUGGUGUCGAAUUGGUCGAAGAGAUCGACGAGCUUAACAGUUCGGACGACGAAUCGAGUCCUCAUCAAUCCGCCGUUGGCUCACAGCAAGAAUCGCGAGAAACUCGCCCCCAACCCAAAAUCAAGUACAACUGCAGUGCAGUUGAGUCGGAACUCUUCAAUUUGCUGCAGAGCCGACAGAACGGCGGAGCGAUCGGGGACGAUCAACCCGCGCAGUCUUCUCAGAAGCCCGGCUUCAGCCAGGCCUCGUCCUCGAACGGGUUGAGCAAAAUUAGGAAACCAACGAAAGUAGCACCAGACCCCUACUUCAGACGGAGCGAUGGACUCGUCACGUUCCAAAGCAAAGUGAACCUCCGCAAAUGGAUCGCGUGCCCAGAGUGUCCAGCGCUCUUUAUGAACCCAACUGAAUAUAAUCGCCAUUUGGAUCACCACCGAUACGGAGAUAAAUUCCAGUGCUCACAGUGCAGCUACUCGAUGAAUAAAUACGUUUUCGUGGCCCAGCACGAACAGGUCCACAGCGAAGACUACAUGAUCAAGAAGCUCGGCUAUUGCCAUCGUCCGACGACGGGUGCCGGCGACCAGAAAUCCACGAUAGUGAAGAAUAUCCCCACCAGCUUCCCGACACCUGCGAUCGUUGCCUCAAGCCUCCAGAGCUCGCCUUCGAGUCAGUCGUCCUCAGGUCAAGUCUACAAGAUCUCCCUCAAACCGCUGACACCGCAGAAAAGGCCCGGACCCCAAGUGGCCCUUUCUGAUGAAGCGGCGGCGAAUUUCGACAACGAAGAGUUCGCGGUCAGCAUGCUAAUCGCUGAACUCCACGAAUCGAAAGCCGUAUUCGAAGGAUCGUGCUGCGGCACGUUCAAAUGCUCGGUAUGUCCGGCUGCUUUCAGCAACCAAGGCGUCCAUCGAUUCCAUCAGAAGCUUCAUAGCAGUCCGGCUAGACGGCUCAAAUGUCACGUGUGCAGUUAUAGCGUAGACGAAUCGGGGAACAUGAUGGCGCACGCUCAACUUCAUUAUAUCAAAUUCGGAGGCGGCAACAAGCAGACCAUGAAGCGGUGUCCGAAGUGUCCGGCGACCUUCACCAAGCAGAAUUUCUACGAAGGCCACCUUUUGCGGCACGGGAGUGGGGAACGCUACAAGUGCGAUUACUGUGAUUUCGCGACAAACAAAAGCGACAUAAUCUCUCGGCACAGAGUGCUCCAUCGUCAAGUGUCCGAAGACGUCGAAUGCGGACUGGGCGAAGAGAAUCUCGACGCCAACUCGCAGAUCUCCGUCAGCACCCUGUUCCGUAACGCCUCCGUACCUCAGACUCUGGUCGAAGACGCCGCGCCGGUCAGUCUCGACGAUGCGCUCAAGACCUCCGAGCAGAACAAAAGCGAGGAGGACAAGAAGAUCUACGCGUGCAUGGCAUGCCCGUACACGUACGGCCGGAAGGACGGUAUCGUGCACCAUCUCAAACGGCACGUCGUACUCCAGCAGUUCGAUUGUCCCCACUGCUCGUUCACGGUGAGCAACAGCGCCACUCUACGAGACCACGUGAAGACUCACUUCAUCUGUCAGAAAAUGAACAAACCGCAGGCGUUCUUGCACUACGACGAGAUCAAGAUCAAGCUGGACGGCGAGAUCAUCUUCGAGGACCGGGGCAAGAACGACGGCACCCGCUUCUACCCGGACAGCAUACCCGAGUUCCGGGAGGAGGGUCCGGACCUGCUCGUCGAGUACAUCGAGCCGGACGUCGUGAAUACCGUGAAUAAUCUUGUGGACGGCGUUUGCGACGACAAGCGGAAGAUGGAGCGUGAGGUGCCCAGCAGCUCGAUAUACGGCCCGAUCGUUCGAAGAAGUUCAUCCGCGAGAAGCUCUCAGGAUGAACCACCUUCGAAACGGUCGAGAGCUUCGACGUUCACCGGCGGAGAAUCUCCGAAUUCCCAGAAUUCCGGACCGGCGACUCCGCCAUCGGCAACGGGGCACCUGCGCGGCUCGCCAGCCGCGUCACCUCCGCCUUGUUCCGAGUCCGCGAAUCGAGAGCUUGACAACGUCACCGAGGAGCCGACAGACAUCGAGUUCCAAGAGGAAACCGUCGGCAUCAACGGUCCCGUGGGCACUGACGAGAAUGGGGCGACCAUCCGCCCAGACGAUGAUGAAGACCCAGAUUGUGAAGCAGCAAACACCAAAGAGACAGCACAUGUGAAAGCGUCCGAGUUCAAAGUUGACACAGUCGGUACCUUGGACAAACAAGCCGCGAAAUCAAACGAACGCGAACCCGACGUCAUCGAUAAACUGGUCGAGGCGCUACAGCAGGUGCCCGAAACAAUGGACGUCGAUCCCAUUCUGGAAGAGAACGGUCUGCACCACCUGACAAAUGGGCAUAAUGGUAUCGACGAAUCCGAUAGGGCGAUUCGAAAUGGCGAUUCAGUCGAGGCUCAGGAAGAGAGGGACGCUAAAACCGUACUCAACACGAUUCUGCUGGUUUUCGCCGAUUCGAGCGUGGGAGAACCAGAACUCAGAGACGAUGUUCAUCAGUGUGAUAGCCUUAUUGUUCGAGUUCAAGAUCGACGCAUGGCUGAAGGUCAUGUUCGUCUUGGAGGCGUCCCUUCGCAGGAGACAAUGAUGGCCCUGGCCGACGAGUCUACCGCACGGAUGGUGACGGUUGCCGCUAUUGUCCAGCACGCUGUGAUUCAGGGUGCAUUGCUCGUCGACAUUGAGGAAAUGCGAGAGAUAAUAGCCGAAUAA